AUGCGAAUUUUUACGAUAGCCUGGAUUUGCUUGGUUUUUGGUGUGAAGUUUUCGGAAUCGACGAAAAUUGAUGUGGAUUUGAUCAAUGAGACGAUUCGAAGUCUUUUGCAUUUUGGAAAUUCUGGACCAAGUGGGUUUAUUUUGAGGAUCAUUUUAGUUAGCUUGAGAUUCAAAUUCUCGGAAAAAAUCAGAUAUUUUUCGAAUGAUUUUUUUCGCAAAGUCAAAUUUUUUGUAAAAAGUUCGGGAUCUUCUCAAACUUCGAAUCCCAAUUUCAAAAAUUCAGAUGAUACCGUUUCUGUUCGCCGCCCUCCCCAUGUUCUCUCAAACUACAUGAAAAAUCUCUACCAAAUAUUUGUCGACGAAGAUGCAAACGAUGAUGGAAAUCUGGUUCGAGCCAUUGAACCAUCAGUCGGAAAACUGGAAAAUCAAGAAGUGCUCGUGUUCGAUAUUGAAGGAUUUGAUAGAAAUGAGGCAAUUAUGAGAGCCGAAUUGCAUUUUUAUUUGAGACGUCAUGAUUCGUUUGCAAGACAUCGAUCAAGGCAAAUUCGAGCCAAAUCAAAAUGUUUGAAUGAAUAUUGUAGAGAACAAUCUUUGCGUCAAAUUCGAAGCGAUGAUGAGGAAUUCAAAGUAGUUUGGGAUGCGACAAGAAUUGUUUUUGAUUCUUAUCAUCUUGAUACCAAACAAGCCGUUUUCAGAGUAAGCGAUCAGAUUUUUUUAUUUGGGAUGAUAAGUUCAAACCAAAAUUCAAAAGCUCUAAUUUCAGAUUUCCCGAGAACACUCAAAAAUGCGUCCAUAUUCUGAAAUGGUCCGCCGAUCGACACCAUUCCUUUUGAUUUAUUCCAAAGUCAAUCAUACGCUUGAUAUAAAUACAGUACUCUCGCAAGCUGAACAAACAAAAAGAAAACGAAGAGAUCUUGGAAGAGAGGAUAUUCGACAAUAUUAUUCGUAUACUUCAAUUGCUUUAGAUGAGGAUUUGAAACCUGCGGAAAAGAAAUCAAAAAAUCGUGUUAAAUAUUCGGAUGAAAGUGUUUCUUCUGAAGAUGUUUGGCAAGGUUUUGGGGAAGAAACAUCUUUUGAAGAAAGGGAAAGAAAAGCGAAUGAGGAAAUGGAAAAUGAUGUUAGAGUUGUUUUGUUGAAAAAUAAGAAUGUGAGUUUUGAGAAGUCAACAAUUCAAAAAAUUCUAUAAAAGCUAUAUUAAAAUGGAAUGAAAAUAAAACUCUUCUGAAAAAAACAAGAUUUUUCUUCUGAAAAUUUUCAAAUUCUAUUAUUCCAGCGUUGUCACAAACAAGGAACUCUUGUUUCUCUCAAAUAUUUCGGAUGGGAUCAAUACAUCAUUCAACCAAAAACCAUUGAAACCUCAUUCUGUCAAGGAAAAUGCACAAAACCUCUCAGCAACAAAGCCUCAAAUCAUGCAAUGCUUCAAUCGAUUUUUGCAGUUGAGCCGAUUUGUUGUGCUCCAACAAAUUUGAAGAGUCUCAAUAUUUUAUAUCGCGACGAAAAAGGUCGAACAACACUUCGAAAUUACGCCAAAAUGUUGAUCGGUGCUUGUUCUUGCUUAUAA